CGGUGCAGCAGGGGUCCAGGCUGCCCGCCGGAGCCGCUCUCAGCUCCGCCCGCUUCCUGUCUCCGUCCGCAGACGCGUUUAGCGCAUUGAGCCUGGCGGCACAAGCAGGAGGAGUGGAAGCGGUGGGAGGGCUCUCUGCUGCGCUGUUGUAAUUUUUUCUCCCCUGUUCUCUCCUUGUGGGUGGAAAACACUGGUGAGGAGCCACGCCGCCCACUAAACAAGCCCAAACGCGCACCAACUGCUUCCCAACCCGGAGCGGAGCCCCGACGGACGGACAGACAGACAGACGGAUGACAAACCGGGCCGUGCUGCGUCCCCUUCUGCUACAUUAGGCGCCUCAGUGGCUGUGGAUUUCCAUGGAGGCCGGCGCUGUCUCGCCAAGCACCUUGCUGGUGGGGAGGUUGACGGCAGCAUGUGGCGCCAGUUGACCCCUUUGAGACGCUUUAAUUAACCCACACAGAGAGAAACACACAGAUUCAGCUACAUGUGCAGGAAACAUUUAACAAGGAUGAAAAACUGGAUGGAACAUUUCGCCAACUGAACGGUUUUGGUGACAGUAAAGUUGAGUAGCAUCACAACCUGCUCUGCAUCGAAACUCACCAAGCUACUGGCUGCUGGAUGCACCUUUCCAACAUGGAGACUCUUUCCCAGGACUCCAUUCUGGAAUGCCAGAUCUGCUUUAACUACUACAGCCCCCGGCGGCGGCCCAAACUCCUGGACUGCAGGCACACCUGCUGCUCCGUGUGCCUGACCCAGAUGCGCAGCACCCAGAAGGAGAUCCGCUGCCCUUGGUGCCGCGGCGUCACCAAGCUUCCCCCCGGCCUGUCCGUCUCCCAGCUGCCAGACGACCCGGACAUCAUCACUGUCAUCGCUAUACCUCACGCCUCGGAACAUACGCCUGUCUUCAUCCGCCUCCCUAGCAAUGGUUGCUACAUGCUGCCGCUGCCGGUCACCAAGGAGCGGGCGCUCGGCCUGCCGGGAGACCUGGGUUGCCGCUUUCUUCCCGGUGGCCAGCAGAAGGGCAUGACGGUGGUGACCGUGCCCGAACAGCAGCCUCUGGGCCUGGCGAUGGACCUGGAGGGCGUCGGGCUGGACGGCAGCGAAGGCGAGAGGAGAGUUCCCGGGCCUGUUGGAGGAGGAAAGGGUUCCACAUGGUCCGGCGUUUGCACGGUUAUUUUGGUGGCGUGUGUGCUGCUGUUCCUGUUGGGAAUUGUGCUGCACAACAUGUCCUGCAUCUCCAAACGCUUCACUGUCAUCUCCUGCGGCUGAGGGAGGUCGAUUUGACCUCCUGCGGACCUCCGCCUCCUCCUCAGUGGCCCAGACUCUUCUGAGGAGUGGAGACAAAGCUUAACAUCACAGAAAAACCAGGCAACGACGGAGCAAAGGGGAGUAGUACUGAUGAGGGAACGAGGGCAAGAAGGAGAUUUACAAACUGUCUUUCAACAUUGUUUGUUGUUUUCAAUUAUGAAAACUGAAAAUGGAUAUUUUCCACCAGCUGUGUGUUGGUUCUAGAAACUGCCACAUCUUUGUGUUUUCUUCAAGAACGUUCUGAAAGUUGUUUUUAGACAGCUGAUUGUGUUUUCCUAGAGUGAUGUAGACACCCAUUACACUCGAAGUGACUGGAACGCCUGUUUGCUCUGUGGUUUGUAAAGGUUCAUCAGUUAUCUGUGUUUUUAUCGGCCAUAUUGAGGCUUUGAGCGCUGUCUUAAAGGUGACCUAUUAUGGUCCCUUAACAGGUUAGGAUAGGUCUAUGGUCUGUACAAAAUAUGUUUGUUACUGUUUUUUGCACAGUCACUCUUAGAUGAUGACAUUUUAGUCUAUGUUGAGCUCCUUUCAUAAUGAGCUGUUUUAGGGCGUCUUGUGACUUUAAAUCCAAAUAAGCUGCUGCUGGCCACGCCCCGUAACUCAGCGUUUACACUCGCACAAGAAAAUGGCUGCAAACAGAUCCGCAGUCAUACAACCGUACAUAUUUGAAAAGCAGAAGUGGAGCCUCCUGCACAACCAAUAAUAAUGCAGCAAGUGGUUUCUGGAUGGUAAGUUUUCCAGCAGCCAUUUUACCAAUGCAGUGAUAAAACCAGCUGACCAAACAUUCUGGAGUCCAGCUUGGUUUGUAAUGUUACUUUCCAGAAGGUUUAAAAAGGGUUAAUUUUCCAAACACUAAAAAACAUCAACUUGGGAUUUUUUUAAGCACUUAUGUUUUUAUAGAAGCAAUUGAGACCCAAAUGAAAGCGUAAAAGCAUGCAAAAUGGAAAUUUUGCCUUUAAAAUCCAGAACCUGAACUGUUCCCUGACUCGGUGGGAAUAAACAUCCACACCUUCCCAUUUGAUUUUCUUUUUUUUCUGUAUAGGCUGAAUUGUUGAGCAGUAUAUUGUACAGCUGAACUAUAUACAGCUAGCUCUGAGAUGCUUUAGGAUAGUAAAAGUGUGAAUUUUUGUUUAAAUCAGCCAAUUGAAGUUUUUUUUAUUGCUUUACUUAUAUUUUAAUUAAAAACCUUUGUUUGUUCAAGCCUCACAAA